AUGAAUUUAUCGCCUUUCAUUUUUCUCGGUCUGGCUCUCGUUUGCAGCGAUAUCUUGAUGAUGCUGAAAUGUGGUUAUCCGUGCGAUCGAACAUUCAAAGACCAACGAGGGCUGAACAGGCACCGGUACUCUUGUCCGAUAUAUGAAGACUUGCAAGUUAACGCAGUCACAAGGCGAAGGUCUCAGGCAAAAAAAUCAAGAAUUAGACUAUCUACUCCUCACAGAGAGCAAACCCAGGCUGUGAUUGCUAACGAUGGUGCCUCUGACCAGGUGCAAGUGGACUGUGAUGUGCGGGCAAGUUAUGAGAACAAUGACCGGGUGAUGUACAACCUCGAGAGACCUGGGGAUUUUGAUAUCCAGAUGGGAUCACCUCCCGCAUCUCCGACUACAGUUCAUACUACUUUGCAAUGCGAUACUCAAGAUAUAUCUCAGACAUCACCACUGGAGGUUUCCGCGGUAGACCCUACUUGUCUUUCAUCUACGCAUGUCGGCCAGUUGUCGCAGAUCGAAAGUCUUGAGCAAUGUGAUCGUAAUCCUGAUAGAUGCCCAGAUUACAUUCCCGAAAAGACGGUCCCGAUCGCAACAGAAGCGUCAACAGCUCGCAGAGUCAUGCUAUAUGUUCGAGACUCUUUUCGGACUGCUGUCAAUACAUUCGGUCUUGGUCGAGACUACAAUAGCAGGCCAUCUUAUGAUCCCGAGCACGACAUACGUCCUGAGGAUCUCUGGCAGGUGAAGUAUCGAAACGUAAUGGCAAGUAUCAACGCUAUACAGGAGACACGAACCGGAGAGGAUACUAAACCUCCGUGGCCAUAUCCUAACAUGACGGUCUACCGACUCAUGAAAUGGAUGAUUACAGGACAUAACAGGAAAUCUGAAAAGGAAAUUAUGCGCCUUGCCAGGGAAGUCAUUAACGCACCAGACUUUAAAGCUGACGAUCUAAAAGGAUUCGAUGCACAUCGCGCAAACCGGAUUCUCGACCAGUCAGAAAACAGGGACCCUGCAACAGGCGAUGGAUGGAAAGAAUGCAAUAUCAACAUAUGUGUACCUACAAGAGUUAUGAACCCCAAGGGAAAUGGAAAGAUUUUCGCCAUCCCUCACUUCAGAUAUCGGCCUUUAGUAUCGGUCAUCAAGUCCGCAUUCUCUGACGUAUCAGCAAAAUCCUUCCACCUCUUCCCAUUUAAACGGAUCUGGCAACCUCCCUUCAGUGGCUCCAAACAACGCGUUCACGAUGAGCUCUACACGUCUGACUCUUGGAUUCAAGCACAAGAAGCCCUUAAUAAACAGCCUCCAGAGCCCGGCUGCAAGUUAGAGCGGGUCAUAGCAGCGCUCAUGUUCUGGUCGGAUGCAACACGUCUAACCUCUUUUGGAUCAGUCGGAGCUUGGCCUGUGUAUAUGUACUUUGGGAAUCUAUCUAAGUAUGUUCGUGCAAAACCAACAUCGGGGGCGUGUCACCAUGUAGCUUACAUACCUUCACUUCCAGACAACAUUCAAGAAUUUAUUGCCUCUUUCAUCACUCAAGCACGAAGACCGGCUGCCCUUCUGGCGCAUUGCCGUCGCGAAUUGAUGCACGAGGUAUGGAGGAUACUAUUGGACGAGGAGUUUCUCCAUGCAUAUAAACACGGCAUUGUUAUUCGGUGUUUUGAUGGGAUCAUUAGAAGGGUAUUCCCCAGGUUUUUCACCUAUUCGGCAGAUUACCCGGAGAAAACUCUUCUCGCAACAAUCAGAGAUAUGGGAGAGUGCGGUUGUCCUCGAUGCCUUACACCGAAAACAAGUUUCGAUCAGGUGGGCUUCUCUUGGGACUCCCAGGGGCGUCUCGAAGGAAUUCGUCGUUAUAUGGCCGGAAAAAUAUUGCUCGCGCGGGAUUUCCUGUAUAAACAAGGUACACCAAUCAAGGCCAGAGCGGUUGAAACUAUGCUGAAACCAGAAUCUCUGGUACCUACUAUCAAUGCUUUUUCUGAGAGGCUAGGCCCCCUUGGUUUCGAUGUUCAUAGCAUGCUUGUGGUCGACAUGAUGCAUGAAUUUGAGCUUGGGGUGUGGGAAUCUGUAUUUACUCACCUGAUUCGUUUGUUGACCGCGGUUGGGCAUACGAUGGUAGCAGAACUGGAUUCCAGGUUUCGUCAAAUGCCUACAUUCGGCCAAGGUGCCAUUCGCGGCUUUUCAUCAAACGUAUCCGAAAUGAAAAACUUAGCUGCACGUAACUUUGAAGACAUAUUGCAGUGUUCCAUGCCAGCAUUCAAACAUCUCCUGCCAGAACCACACGACGAGCUCGUUCAGACACUCUUGUUUCGUUUGGCGGAAUGGCACGCACUUGCCAAGCUGCGUCUACAUACUGAUGAGACCCUCGUUUAUCUGCAACAUGCGCUCAAGGUUAUUUCUAGGUUGCUUCGGCACUUUCGAGAUGUGACGUCCAAUGCCUUCAAGACAACAGAGCUUCCACGUGAGACAUCUGCGCGAAUGCGUAGAAAACAAGCAAAAUCAUCGAAGGGACACAGUUCAAGUACGAAGAAGACAAAGCAGGGCAGAGCCAACAAGGGGAGGAGCCGUGCUGAAGAGAAUGACCACGAGAAGGUCGAAGGAGAUGAGGAAUCCAGUUCUAGCGAGAAAAAAAUGAGCUUGCAUACGUAUAAGUUCCAUUCUCUCGGAGACUACGCCAGGGCCAUACGUCUAUUCGGCACGACGGACUCCUAUAGCACACAGAUAGGUGAACUCGCUCAUCGUCUAGUCAAAAAGUUGUAUGAUCGUACGAACAAAACUCAACUCCUCAAGUCUUUAUCAGUCCAAGAACGCCGCUAUAACAGAAUGUCCCGAAAUGAAGAACCUGUCACAGAUACGUCCAUGUCGCAGCAAGAUGAUUCGGACUCGGAUCUCGAUGAGUCUGACGAACGCAACAGUCUACCUAUUGAACUACAUCACUAUAUUUCAGCGUCUCAGCGUAACUCUCAAGAUCUGCAUGGAUUUUUGCGGAACUUUGCAGAAGAUGAUCCUGCUAUCAUGGAUCACUUGCUAGGCCGUCUAUUGAAUUUUCGAUAUGAUGGUGAUGAAUUCAAGUUUUCUCCUGAACAGCGGAAUAACUUGCGGAUACUCGACAAUCGCAUAUAUUCAGUCAAGACUAUGCGAGUUCAUUAUACGACUUACGAUGUUCGGAGGGAUUACGACACAAUCAACAUUAGCAACAACUCGGACGUGAUGGUACUAUCUCGCGAGAAGGACCAAUAUGCCCAUCCUUAUUGGUACGCGCGUGUGUUAGGUGUGUUCCAUGCUCGCGUCCUUCAUACAGGUCCAGAGGCCGCCAAUCGAUCAGUGCAAAACGUAGAGUUCCUUUUUGUCCGGUGGUUCGGUGGUGUCCCCAACCACCGAUCUGGCUUUAAGGUAGCCCGUCUACCCAAAAUCGGCUUUGUUCGACAAAACGACAGGCGCGUCGCACCAUUCGGCUUCCUCAAUCCUUCCGUGGUAGUGCGUGCAUGUCACCUAAUUCCGGCUUUUGUAGAUGGCCGCACGUCGUCCUUACUUAGAGAAGGACCUUCAGCUGGUCGGGUACAUGGAGAGGUCGAUGACUGGACUGCCUACUAUGUUAAUAUAUUUUCUGACAGGGAUAUGUUUAUGCGGUAUCGAGGGAAUGGUGUUGGGCACAUGGGCAACUUCGUCAAGCACCAUCCCUCUGGAGCUUAUGGACCUCAAGAAGAACUUCCAGAUGUGCACGAAAAUGAUGAGGAAGAGCGCAUAUACCAUGAUCAAAACUAUUAUAGGGAGACUAUUGAAGAGGGCACGGACAAAGAUGGUGGAGGCCAGAAUGGUGAUGACAACGAGGACGAGGAUGACGACGAGGAUAAUGAGGACGGGGACGGGGACGAGAACGAAGAGGAUGAUGUUGGCUUUGACGAUUUGUGA